CACUUCCAGAUCCUCAACAGAACAGCCCACUCCUGACAACAUGUGCUACUAUGGCAACUACUACAGUGGCCUGGGCUAUGGCUAUGGUCGCCUAGGCUGUGGCUAUGGCUGUGGCUGUGGCUAUGGUGGCUAUGGUUAUGGCUGUUGCCGCCCCCUGUGCUGUAGAAGAUACUGGUCCUAUGGCUUCUACUGAAGAAUUUUCAGAGCUUCUUAGCCUGUUCAACCUCCUGUUUUACCAGAAUAUUCUCCAACUUCCUUUACAUGAUAAAUUUUCAACUGACUUCAAAAACACCAAAUAUAAAUUAAAUUCUCUGAAAAGCAAAGAAAACACAACAUGCCAUUUGGAGUCAUCUGUAUACGUUGGACUAUAUGAUAGGUUGCAGAAAAGUGUAUUAUUUUGACUCUCAAUUUUUUAUUAAAAGUAUAUAAAUAAAUAUUUAUUUCAACAUAAA